AGGAUGUUUGAAUGGAGUUGUUACCUCAUCUCCAAUGAAUCCAAAUCAUGGAAACAAAGCCAAAAAGACUGCAGAAACAGAGGAACCCGUCUGGUGGCUGUAGAUAGCACUGAGGAGCAAGCUUUUCUCUCUGGUCUCAUUGAAGAACACACAAUGCUGUGGAUUGGUCUCGCUGACUCCAUUAAAGAAGGGACCUGGAGAUGGGUCAGUGGUGAUCCUUUGACUUUAAGUUUCUGGCAAACCCAACAGCCUGAUAACGGUGGUGGCAUUUGGCAGUUUGGAGAGGAAGACUGCGCUCAUAUCACAACAGGAACCAACUCUGAAAACAACUGGAACGACUUGUCCUGUAAGACCAGUUUGAGGUGGAUCUGUGAGACUGUCCUGGCAACAAAGUAGAGCAAAUCAUGUCUUAGUUGUAAUUCAAAAUGUCAUGUA